AAAGUUAUAACAUGGCAGGUGUUUCAUGCUACUUCAAAAUGAAUUUUGAUCGAUUUCAUCGCUACUCUUUUGAGCAGGUCUAUCUCAAUUGUAUCGUCUAUGAGCUAGUCAGGUCUGAACCAACAUGGCGGCCCUCAGCACGGAGUAACGCGGUGGUUGAGAACUACCAUGUCAACAUGUCACUGUUGAGACUGUGUGCCUUUACAAAGGGUUUAACGCGCAGUUUUGCGGUUGACAGAUGUGUGCGACUCCUGGAUGCGGAUUAUUGCCGCCCGUGUCUCAAAAUCCGGAACAAUGGAGGGAGACAAAUACAAGGCAAACCAUGGGCAUCAAUUUACCAAAGAAACUAUUCUGCCAUCCCUAAGAAGGAGGAUGGGAAAAGAAGAUUGUGGGAACAGUCUCAAUUAGUGGAUGUUCUGGAGGCCAGAAUCCAGCAGCUGCAAUGCGACGUCGUUGUAGACGUCAAACAUUCAAAGGUUCAACUUGUCAAAGCCCAGCAAAAAGGAAGGGGGAUUUCACAUGGAAACAGUCAGAAGAAUUUGCCGCCUGCUAAAAAGGGAAGCGCCGAAAGUGGCUUGUCUUUAAAAACCCACGCGAGCCGCUGGAUGGAGAAACUCAAGCGUGAAAAAUGGAAUCAAUCCAAAAAACAAACUGCACAUACCCCAGCUGUAGGUAAAAGCAGCAAAGGGAGUUUGAUGCUUCCUGCUACAUCGACAAAGACCAUCACAACAGUUAACAAAAGUAAGAUGAAACCUAAAGUAGAAGAUUUAAAACCUCCAGUAACAUCUUCCAAAGCUAAAGAAAGAAGCCUCCAGAAAAAGUCUAAGCAGAAGUUUUCAGGAAUGCAGAAGGUCUCAAACAUGUCCGGCAGUAAAGUUUCGGAAAUGUCCACAGAGAAAGAACUAGCAUUGGCUGUCGAUAAAGAAUCGGCAGUGGAGGAGGAGCUAGAUUUAGAUAAAGAGCACCAGCGACAGAGUGGAACGACUGCUCCAGAAAAGCUCCUGGAAGACAAGGAGGGGAACCGCUACGGAGAUCCCCAGCUCAGAGUGCGUUGUUACUUGGAGGCAUGCGUGUUCAUUGAUGAUGUCGCUCGAGCUCAGAACUGUCUUCUGUCUCAUCAUCGACAACUAUCGAGACGCAAGCAACUGUCGAUCGGAGCCUACAACAUCGUAAUGAGGAUGUGGGCCAAAAAAGGUUCCAUCAACCACAUCCGUCGCCUGUUCAUUCUUAUCGAAGAAGCAGGUCUCAAACCCAACGUCGCAUCUUACUGUGCGGUGCUGGAGUGUAUGGGCCGCAUGCACGAGUGCUCAUCAUUGAUCAUUAACAGGUGCCUGGAGCAGAUGGCGAUGGACGGCAUAUCAGUGGAUGACGUGUUCAGAGAGUGUGUGUUCAAACAGGAUGAGAGAGAUAUGGUUCUGAGAGCAGUUCGAUUGGUGCAACCCGAAUACCAACCCCACUUAUCCAAAGAUCAGCCGCUCUGUUCCCUACCACUGGUGAAACAGUUCUAUGCUAAGAGAGAAGGGGUCACUUAUCCUAAGUUGGACUUCAGCCUGGCAGAGCUGCAGGAUCGGUUCAAUAAUCAGCUGGCUAUGGAGUCGGCAAACACUGUCACCAUCGACUCCGUGGAAGCCAUAAAGCCUGUCACCAGCCACAUGGCCAAAAUGAGAGAAUUAUUAGCCACGCAGCGGACGCAUUGGGAAAAAGUUCUGCUUCAGGCUCUGAAAGACAGGAAACAGAUUUUAGCCAAUAACAGCCAGAGGUGCUGGAGUACCUGUAUAUACCCUUAUAUGUGUAUCCUGGAUGACAAAGAGUAUGUGAACAUCAUGCUACAGACUUUAGUCAAGCUGUCACCCAGCGGUGAAUCUUUACUUGUCAUGGCUGAGGAGAUGGGAACCAGAGUUCACAAUAUGUACUGCAUCCGUCAAAAGAGCCAUAGCCAGAUGACAGAGAAACUCAGGAACAUCUACAGCUCGUAUGCUGAGCUCCUGGCAAACGAUUCCAAGAUCAAUCACCUCUUGCCACGGGAAUUUUGGGAAAGUCUGGAGAUGGAGAGGUCCAAUGGCCCAUCCCUUUUAAAUGAUGAUACCCCUUGGCCACAGAUGCUAAUGGUACAGUUGGGGGGCUUACUGGUAGACAUUAUGGUGCGUGAGCUCAAAAUCCAGUCCAAUAUCCUCAACUCCACUCCAGAGGAGAGGCUCAUUCCAGUCCUCUAUCACAUGUACACGUUUCGCAGCAGUCGUAAGAUCGGCUUCAUCAAGCCGCACCCUAUUGUGACCCAAAUGCAGAGGGAGGCGAUGGAAACCACACUUACAUUUGACUCCUACGUCAUGCCCAUGUUGUGUCCGCCAGUACCCUGGACCUCCCCAAAAAGCGGCGCGUACCUCUUAUCACCCACAAAGCUGAUGCGUUCAACCGAAGGAGCCAUCCAGCACCAGCUUCUCCUGGAGAAGAGCCGAUCAGAAGAUCUCCACGCCGUCCUGGACUCCCUCAACCAGGUGGGCAACUGCGCCUGGAAGAUCAACAAGCCCCUCCUGGACAUCAUCAUCUCCAUCUUCAACGACAAGGGGAGCGACAAGCUCUGCAUUCCUCCGCCGUUGUCCGAAGCACCCGAGAUUCCACGCUUCAGCCCUCACGAUCCUUCGUACACCCAAGCCGAGAAGGCGUACAUGAAGCGGGAAGGCAUUAAAGCCAAAAAGAAGGUGGCGGAGAUGCACAGCCUCCGAAUGGAUGCACUUUAUAAGCUGUCUAUCGCUAAUCACGUGAGAGAUGAGAUCUUUUGGUUUCCUCACAAUAUGGAUUUCCGUGGUCGUACGUACCCUCGGCCGCCAUAUUUUAACCACCUGGGUAGUGACGUGACCAGGGCCUUGCUGCUGUUUGCCGAGGGAAGACCUCUCGGCCCUACAGGCCUUGACUGGUUGAAGAUCCACCUGGUGAAUCUUACUGGUUUGAAGAAGCGUAGUUCACUAGCAGGAAGGCUGGAGUAUGCAGAGAGUAUCAUGGAGGACAUCCUGGACUCAGCAGACCAUCCUCUUGAUGGUCGCAAAUGGUGGAUGAAUGCAGAUGAGCCGUGGCAGGCACUGGGUUGCUGUAUGGAGAUAGCAAAUGCCUCACGCGCACCCGACCACACUAAAUACAUCUCCUAUUUCCCCGUACACCAGGACGGCUCCUGCAACGGUCUACAGCACUAUGCUGCCCUCGGGCGGGACGUGAUAGGCGCGACUUCUGUGAACCUCAUGCCAUGUGAAAUACCUCAGGACGUCUACAGCGGUGUAGCUCAGCAGGUGGAGGAGUUCAGGAUUCGAGACGCAGAGAAGGGUCUGAAGAUCGCUCAAGUGCUGGAGGGCUUCAUCAGCAGGAAGGUGGUGAAGCAGACGGUGAUGACCGUGGUCUAUGGCGUCACCCGCUAUGGGGGGCGUCUACAAAUCGAAAAGCGGCUGAAGGAAAUCGAUGACUUUCCCAAGGAGUACAUAUGGGAUGCUUCACAUUACCUGGUGCAUCAGGUUUUUAGCAGCCUGAAGGAAAUGUUUACUGGGACAAGGGAAAUUCAGGAUUGGCUGACGGAGAGCGCUCGGCUAAUUGCAAAGUCUGGUCGAACGGUGGAGUGGGUGACGCCGCUGGGACUUCCUAUCGUUCAGCCUUACCACAGAAUGAAGAACCAAAUGCUUAAGAGCGCCAUGCAGAAUCUGAACAUCCACAUCGGCCAUGAUGCCAAUGAGAAACCAGACAGCAUGAAGCAGAAAAACGCCUUCCCUCCUAAUUUCAUCCACUCCCUGGACUCCACUCACAUGAUGCUGACUUCACUGCAUUGUUAUAGAGCUGGUCUCACGUUUGUAUCCGUCCAUGACUGUUAUUGGACCCACGCUCUAACUGUGGACAUUAUGAAUAAGGUGUGUCGUGAGCAGUUUGUGGCUCUGCAUAGUGAACCCAUUUUAGAUGAACUGUCCAAAUUUCUUCUGCAGAAGUAUUGCAGCAGGCCUCCGGAUCUAUCAAAGCCAAAGAAGUUUCAAGAAUAUUGGAAGAUGGCUGAGGUUUUAGCCAAGGUUCCUCAGACAGGUGAUUUCGAUCUGGAGAAGGUGAAAGAAUCUGUGUAUUUCUUCAGCUGAGGAGCACAUCGCACAGCUGAUGGACAGGUUUCAUCAGGAAGCCAAGGGCUCUUCACAGACCUCAUCAAAAUAGAUUGCUGCUUUUUACUCCGCCGAGAGCGCGCGUGACUGAGAUGGGCUCGGAUGAUACGGUAGAGAAGUCUGUCUGUAAACGCACACAUCCCGUCUAUCUCGUCAUAUUCUCAUAAAGACAUCAAGUAAGCACUGAAGAAGAGUUCUGGCUAAGGCAAACCACACGAUUCGCCCAUGUGCGUGUCUACGAGAGUCUUUCCCAGUAUGGAGUGAGAACGCUCUCAGCAGGCCUCUGAACCGACCGUUAACGCUGGGUUUAUUAACUGCUCACAUCGAUUUCAGGGCAGCCCAUCUGAAAGGUCCUCUUUGACAUUUUCACCUGCCAGCAUCCCCUCUGCUUACAGAUUCAGAGCUAGAGAUGUUUAAUCUCACAUGUUCUGUAUGUUUUAAACACAACUGUUGAUAUCUAAGACCCAUGUGGAGCUCUUUUAAGGACUCGAAAGAUCUUAAAUGUGUGUUUUGUAAAUAAAGCUUUUGAUGGACUUUCUACACAAGAGCGAUGUAUUAUGAACAGAUGUCAGAGUAUGUACGCUUGGCAUUCGCUGAGAAAUAAAGUCGAUAUUUUUUGCACAA